CCUAGUCCUGGGACAUCGACCUCGACCUCGACCUUGACCCCCUCCCAACCGCCCGGCUGACUGGGAUCUCACACCAAGCCGUCUGACUUUCAUGUACCCCUUGUACCUCCCGCCAAUCGACUCCACCAAUACCACUACCGCCGCCAGGUCCUGGUUCUGACCCUGACCCUGGCGUCCGGCCCUGGCGUCCGGCCCUGGCCCUGGACCUGGCCUGCCUUGGGUCCACCAACUCUUUCUCGCACACGAGUACCGCCAGCGCUUCCGUGUGCUGUGACCAUCAUCAACUACUUACGAAUCCUCCCUCGCCCUCACUGCAGGCCAUACCAUUUGUCCCUCCCUCUCCCUCUCUAUCAUUCUCAGCAAAUUCGGUGCUCAGAAAAUUGCCAGGCCUCUGACAUAUAACAUAUCGCCAAAGAAGACUCUUUUGUUCCCUUUGGCCCCUACUCCAAGAAUCAGGACCAUCACAGUCUGCUCUAUAACGCUCGGUACUUGAGCUGAUAUUCGGUCCAUACGGAUACUGCAAGUCAGCAACCUCUGAAAUCGUCUACCAAAACGCAAGGCACCCAGCUUGCAAACCCGUCAACUCGGAUCUUGAUUGGCAUUGGACCGGACUACAUUGGCUCUGCGAUAGCCCACAGACACUCCCACCCAAAUUCGCCGACUUGGUGCGCCGGAUCCCCCAAGACGUACACGACGCACACCCCCAAGAGGAGGCUGGUUGGUUGGCUCCUCCAACCCAUCUUAGACAAACUCCGCCCAGCUCUCGACACUACCUGUCGCUAGACUCGAACGAACGCAAGCAGGCGUAAAGCCGGAGGCAGGGGGAAGAAAAGUCAGCGAGGAACCACUGAGAACCACUUUACUGCAGCCAGCAAGGUCAGAUCAGGGCACGUCUUUCAUCAUCGACCAUUCAUCGCCACACUCCCCUGGCAGGUCCUUUUCUAGAGCCGCCUGCCCCUCGCCUUGCUGUCUCCGUACCAACUUGUCUCUCUUCUCUUCGUCCUCCACUCUGCUCCGUUAUACUACGAAAUACGCAGUCGGUAUCCGUCCUCAACCGCGCUACCGCUACCAAACCGGCCUUGCACCUUGUUCCAGCAGACCACCCCACUCUCCCAGGCCCGGGGGGAAUAGAUCAUCGACGUCGGUCGCACUUCCAUCGGCGCUCUACGAUUCUCACCUCUACACACAUCCGGCUCACGACACCUUUGUCGCCCUUUCAAACCCCGUUGCUGCCGCCGCCACCACCAACAUCACCACCACCACCUCCCCCUCGUCCUCCUCUACACAUACUUGGAACGGAGAGACAUCCAAAGAGUUCGAAACCAGACAGCAACUUCUCGGAUGACUUGAUUCAGAUUCGGGACAUUUUUUCUUCUUUCUUCUUCCCUUUACCCCCUCUCAUUCCGCCCUUUCCCCGCCCUUCUUCAGCCCGCCCUCUCUCCCGGCUCAAAUCAUUCUCAAAUACCACCUUCCGCAGCCUGCACUCCCCGCACCUGUGUUGCUUUUGUGCUCGACUCGGCCUCGCGAGCCUACGUCCGCAUUUUCUCCUCCACAGCGAGAGGAUUCCACCAGGCUGUCCUCUUCGACGCCCGCUUAUCCUGAAUCACAGCACAGUUUGAACAUGGCCGCUGCAUUUAGACCAGUAAAUUCGCCAUUACCUGGCGCCGAUGUAAAGAUGGACGACAAGAUGAUGACGACGUCACCAACUACACCGAAGCCAAGCACUGCACCGCUCCCGCGCACACCACAGCCCAUGGCCGAGGAUGCGAAGACGCCCACGAAAGCAACGUUCAGCAGUGGCAGCGGCACUACCGGUCUGGCAUCCCAGAAGCCUUUGCCAAGCUCGCCAUUUCCCCAGGCUAUUCAGGUUCCCGAGAGUGCCGAGAAGGUCAAGACCCCGACAAGAGCAAACUCACAACACUCAAGGAGAUCAAGGGACUCGGAGGAUGUGGACAUGGACGAGUCCGACGGCGAAGGUGACGAGGGAUCUGACGAUGACAGCGUGAAUGCCGACGGUACCAGAUCCAACAAGAAGAAGAAGUCACAGCGAUUUUAUUGCACGGAUUACCCGCCCUGCAACUUGAGUUUUACCCGAAGCGAACAUUUGGCCAGGCACAUUCGGAAACACACCGGCGAGAGACCAUUCCAGUGUCACUGCUCGCGCCGUUUCUCCCGUCUCGAUAACCUGCGACAACACGCACAGACGGUGCACGUCAACGAGGACAUCCCCAUUGAUUCCUUGGCAGCGACUGGUGCUAGGUUCCAGAGGCAGAUGCGCACUGAGCGUGUGCGUCAGCAGGGCGGCAGGGCUCGCGCAUCAACAGCUGGCAGCGCGCCUGGUCCCGUCAGGGGCCACUCCAAGUCUCUCUCGACAUCCAGCAUCGCCAGCGUGGGCUCUAUUGGGUCAGCGUUUGGUCCCCGAGACGACAUCCGGCGACGGCCGCCGCCUCUCGUUAUGGCAAGCGAUCCCCGCUCCCGCCUGUCACUCGAAUCGUACCGAAGUGCCGGAGACGGUCCGUACGGCUACCGCCCUGUCUCGCCAACUGACUACAGCACACCGACGUCAGCGACCUUCUCUACUGGCCAAAGCAGUCCGCGAUGGGGUUCGGCAAUCGCUUCUCCCACCACCACGCACUCCCGAUCUCACAGCAUGUACUCUUCUGGCUCCCGGACUCCGGGCCGGCGACUCAGCGUGCCCUCCGGCGUCAAUCCUUUUCAGUCACCGCACGGCGCACCGGUCAACAGAAUUGUCUACGGCAAUGGGCCUGUCAAUACUUCCAACAUGGGAGCCUUCUCCCCCGCCCCCAGCAGCCACUUGGCAUCGCCGACAACGCCGACAUCAGCAUGGUCUGGCAGGAGGGAUUCGACCUCGUCUAACGCAGACGAGGCUUGGCGCAGGCGAACUUGGCAUCCCGACACGAGGACCUUCAAUACCAAUACCAGCCACCUCAGCAACGUACUCACUCCCGGUCAGCUUCAGCCGAAUCCCGCGCCGCCCAUCGCCAACGCACCCAAUCCUCAGCAGACGCUUCGGUUGCCUGGCAUUGAAUCCUUUGACCCUCUGCCAUCGAGACAGGUGUCGCCCCCAAGACGAAUCCCGUCCCCGAUGAUGGUCGACGCGGAGGGUGGUCACCGCCGGCCCAUGCUGCCCGGCACCGAAGCUGUCGCUGAUGAACGGCGGAAUGUGGCCCAAUGGGAUAUGAGCUUGCACCGGGGCCUGACAAGACUGGACAUUGCCUCCAACACGACACCUCCUCGCGAUAGCGCCGGGGCGUGGGCAAACGAAGUGAACCAGGCAGUGCAGGCACAGGCGGAGCAGGUUCGCUUGAACCCGCCGACUGUGAGAUUCGAAGUCGACCCGCCGUCAUAUGCCAACUCGGGUGCAUUCACUCGCAACCACCAGCACACGAUGUCGGCGCCGUCAUUUGCACACAGGGACACAAAACGCCACGGAUGGUACCAUGGUCCUAUGGGAAGCAACAUUCACGGACCUCGCCCGGAAGCGCCCAGCCAAGAUCCUCGCGGACCCCAUGUCAACCGUAUGGUUCAUCCCAACAUGGGUCACUUUGCUGGUUUUCCGGGACGACAGCCUGAGCCGCAGCAAGCCCAGCAGCAACAGCCCGGCAACCCUGACCCUCUGAGACGUUUGGAGGCGCUAGUGGCCGUUGCCACGAGCGAGGGAACCACUGCCACUGCGUACUGAGAUUCUUUUGUGAAUCAUCAUGCGCUUCUUUACAGCCCUUUCGCCAUGUGCCGAGAGGCGAUGGUACAUAUACGCAACACGACUGACGAAUUUCCUUUUCCCUUACUUGGAAUCCAUGUCGGCAGAGCUUUCAGUCUCUGCAUGACAUACAGUCGCUUUCUCAUCAUGAUAUCCCGUUUUCUAUCAAGUUGGUGGGCAGCUGCAUUUUAUCUAUGGCAGGCGUUGAUACAUAGCGUUGAAUUUGAUUUCCUAUCUCUCUGGGUGUCACCACCCUCAUCUCAGCUCAUCUGGAUUACGGUCGACUUUUCCACUUUCUCCUUUUGUUCAUCUUUCCUUUCAUUUUGAUAUCCUGCUUUCCACAUUUACGGUUUCCUUUUCAGUUUGCCAUCAGGUUUGGUUUACCAUUGACGGUUUUCUCUUUUUUCUGGCAGCGAUUCCGCAAGUAGAAUUUCCUUGUCUUUGUUUUUGAUUCCCCGUAACGCUUGCUCACGAUCAAUGAGAUACCCACUCAUUCCGGGAUGAUGGAUUCAGUGGUGGAUAGUAAUGUGUCGCUCUCUCGGCGGUUGAGACAGACGGACAGUCGGCCUGCACGCAUGUAUAUGGAAGCAGGCCAAGGAACGGAGGCAAAGGAUGGCGGAUAUGCGUGUGGACGAGAUACCCGAGCUUGGUAACGACCGGCAGUUCUGAUUUAUCGGAAGCCUGGUCGAUGCUCACAAAGUUGGAAGCGAUGGUUUCAAGGCCAUCACCAAGGAUCGGGCGGUAUACAUGUGUCUGUAGGCGUACAACCGGAAGGAAUAACGACGCACAUGCUUUCAAUGAUUAUCUUAUCUGGAAACUCUACCAUCUCUCUCCUGGUGAACUGUGUGGUCUAUGAAUUUGCUUGUGAUGAGGGGAAGCGUACUAAAGUAGGGCGAGGGACGGCCAGCCUUUUUAUGCACGAUGAUGUGGUUCAUGUAAGCGGUGCUGCAGCUUGUCUGUCAGCCGCCAGCCAAUGAAGCAAGUUCAGUGACGGCGAUCAAGAUUGCGCCGGGUUAAAACUUUGAUUAGGGGAGGAAUGACGGACGGAACGAUCUUCGAAGAUGGCCG